GCACGUGACUGCCACUGUGCAUUUAUUUAUGAUACAGAGUCAGAGUCGGCGGACCAUCACACCACUAACGACAAUGGAUGGGGAAUACAGCAUAUACACGGGCGUUAAGAACACCUUUGGAAACGUUGACUAUGUACUUUUCGGUUCGUUGUUAGCUGUUUCGACAGGUAUUGGUGUAUUUUACGCUUUUAAGGACAAACAUAACGUAAACAGCAAGGACUAUCUAUUAGGUGGGCGCCAAAUGAAUAUUGUGCCCGUGUCGUUGUCAAUUCUUGUUACAUCUUUCUCGGCAACAACGUUGUUGGGGAUGCCUGCUGAAGUAUAUAAUUAUAACACUAUGAUUUGGUGGCUGUGUAUCUCCGCCAUGAUCGGCCUCGUCAUUUCAUCCGUAGUCUUUGUUCCCUUCUUUUACAACCUCAACAUCACAAGCAUCUAUGAGUAUCUAGAGAUGAGGUUUGGAACGGAAGUGCGGGUUCUUGGAUCGAUUCUUUUUGUCAUCAAAGUGCUGCUGUACAUUUCAUUUGUCUUGUACGUCCCAUCUCUUGCUCUCAGCGCAGCAACUGAAUUCAACUUGUGGGGCUCUGUGGUUGCGGUAGGGACGGUCGUAACUGUCUAUACAACAAUAGGUGGCAUGAAGGCAGUCUUGUGGACUGACACGUUCCAGUCUGUGAUUAUCGUAGGAGGUUUGACAGCUGCGUUAGUCCAAGGAUCAAAUGCUGUGGGAGGCAUUCUCGAGGCAUGGGGGGUGGCUGAGGAGCACUCUAGGAUAUAUCUUACCGACUUCAACAUCGACCCUUCUACACGCCAUUCAUUCUGGUCUUUAGUCUUGGGUGGAGGUUUUCUCUGGAUUAGCCUGUUCGCAGACCAAGUUCAAAUUCAACGUGUCAUGUCAUGUUCCUCAGUAAAGGCUGCCAAACUAUCCAUGUUGAUUUGUGCACCAUUCCUGUUCAUGAUCAUGUCCAUCUGUUGCUUGCUCGGUGUGAUCAUGUUUGCCUUCUACAAGGAUUGUCAUCCCGUUGGCUUCAAUAACCUGAUAUCAAGGACAGAUCAGAUUCUGCCUCUGUACAUCAUGGACAUCCUGGGCCAUCUUCCUGGGGUCCCUGGUAUCUUCAUUUCCUGCAUCUUCAGCGGCAGUUUGAGCUCACUUUCCUCUGCUCUGAACGCCCUGGGAGCUGUCAUACCACGUGACUUAAUACAACCAUGCUGCUGUGGUCGUAUCAACGACAGAUACCUCACAAUCAUGUCCAAACUAGUGGUGCUUGGAUGUGGGUUUGGAUCAAUUGGUUUGACAUUUGUUGUGUCACGGCUCGGCUCGGUGUUACAGGCUACCUACACCAUAGGGAGCAUAACUAAUGGUCCGCUGUUUGGUCUCUUUAUUCUUGGAAUGUUUUUUCCGUCAGCCAAUAAAAUGGGGGCUUUUGUAGGGUCUAUGACGUCACUGAUUAUGAUGACUUGGAUAGGGAUGGGGGCAUUUAUCACAAGGGCGGCAUACACCCCGGUGUCCCGAGUGUACACAGACGGCUGUAAUUGGAACAUCACGACGGAUGUACCGUAUGUGAUCACUACAACUCCUAUGUCUACAACAAUGAAUAUAUCAAGCGUCCCGGAACCCAGUACUGCAGAUUAUAGCAGUGGCCUGCUUCGAUUAUAUUCAAUGUCUUACAUGUGGUACAUGCCCCUUGCUGUAAUAAUCGAAGUUGUCGUUGGUUUAAUCGUCAGCUAUCUAACGCGGCCUCUUUUCACAGAGCAGUCAAAUCCAAUGUUGAUUUGCCCGCUCCUUGACUACCUUUGUCCAUGCCUACCUCAGAAAUUCAGAGCCUAUUGGCGCUCUAAACCAACUGAUGCCUCUUCACUGACAAGUUCUGAUCAUACUUGCUGCACAGGCUGGAAUGAGUAUCGCAAAUGUGACUGUGGCUGUGUCGUUGAUCAUGGGAUCUUAGACACCUUCUUAGAAAUGAAUGAACUUACUCCUAGACCCUUCCAUGUUGUAUAGUACCUACAUGUAGUGUGUUAAUUACUGUUACAUAUAAGUUAGCUAGAUACCACGUAUGCGUCAUGAUGCAUGAAUGUGAAGUAAAAUGCAUUUCCUUCAAUUGCUGGACCUAUGAAAAGAAUUAUUUAUAACCCAAAAAAACGAAAAUACAUUAUGUCACAACGUGCUGGUUUCAUGAAACUAAACAGUUUGUGUAUGAUUCGUUAUUGGAGAAUAGUUAACUCACAAGCAUCUGUAUAACUUUCAUUGAGUAGUUCCAAAAGAAGGCAAAGUACUUUACAAUAUACAUGCGUAGUUUAUCCGACGACGUCUCUCAUUUGAUUACUGUUUUCCUUUCUGAACCGCAAACACUGGAAAUAAGGAAGAUAAUGUUUUAUUAUCUGAUAGUUAAAACAUCUCACAUUUGAAAAUGUUAUUCCAAUAAGAGGUAUACCAUCAGACUAAUUAACGCCUAAAAGUCACAAUGCUUUGAAGGAGGAAUUCAAUUGAUAAAAUUAACAAUUAAUACUUAUAUGAGAUACAACUUUAUGGUUUUGUCCUUAUAACAAUUUUCACAGCAAAUUAUCAUUAUCUCUUGUCUCAAAAGGUGAAUUUCUACAUACCCUGCACGCACAAGUUAAUCAGUAUAAAUACCAACUUUGAGUGUCCGUAUCUUGUCCAUUUAGUUUCAAAACAAAUUCUUCAUGCACUCGGUCAUUGUUUAUUGAAAGAGGAACGUCUCACAAUGUUACAAAAAUAAUGGUCUCAUGGCGGAAGAGCUUAAUGCACUUCUUUUUUAAUCAUCGUUAAUCUCAGUUGUUUGUGUCAUCUUAUGUACUUAUUUACUGGAGUAGUUUUCUACACUGAUAUAUUAUUAACACCUGUCAGCACACUCUUGAUUUCUAAAAUGAUUUAUUUGAAAAAUAAUAUUUUGUCAAUUCAUAUUAUCUAAAUCCUGAGUUAAUAUUCCUGUGUGGAUGCCACUGCACAUAUUUUAAGUGUACAGUUAAAUAUAAUCUAUGUGUAUAAUAUUGACACAUUUACAUCAUCGAUAUAUACUUUAUCAUCGUACACAUCAUUUAUUAAUUAAAGUGUUUCAAUUAUAUGGUUUUGAUUCUACUGUUAUUAUUCCUGUUCUGGGGUGUAUCAUAGUCAUGUUUUUUUAUACCCUUUUCCUAUACAAAGGUCACCCAUUCCAAGUUAAAAGAUGUUACCAAGUUAAAAUAUGUUGAACUUCCUUCAUUCUGGAUAUUCAAAGGAAUGGGGAACAAAAUGAUUCAUUCGGUUCAUUUUUUUAAAAUGAAAAGAAUUGGUUCCGAAAUAUGAAGUAUUAAUUAUUUAAAAUCUGGAAUUCGAAGCCACCUUCCUUUAAAGUUGAUGAUGUGCUUGGUCAUUUCAGUGUAUACAUGUAUGGUUGAUAUGCAUAGU